CCUCCACCUGACAGUCAUUCGCUAUGGCUGACAUUACGCCUGGUCCGAGUUACCCUGAGACUAAGGGAGAAGGUAUUCCUUCUGAUCCCUACUUUCCAGAUGACAAGGCGGACCAGCUCCCUCGUCCAGCGUCCGCCGACUCGCGCCGUACUGUGGUCGCCUCUGCACGGCUGUGGAUAGCCCCCUCAGUCGUACUCACAAGAGACUACCUCAUGACCGAUGUCGACCCUGCCAAGUCAAGUAUUCCUCUUGCCGCCUUCUGCUUCAUGACAGGAUUCGUCGAUGCCGUCGUGUUCACUGCAAUCUUUGUAUGGGCGGCCUUUCAGACGGGCAACACAGUGCAGCUCUCCCUCGCUGUCGCCCGCCUUUUCUCGAAACCGAGGGACGUUUCAUUUCACAUCUCCGACCAACAAGCCCUCUGCUCGUUAUUGUCAUUCAAUGUCGGCUCCUUCAUUGGCCGCCUCGGCGACCGCAUGGGCCCUAAGUCACGCGCAUGGCUCAUGCUGGGCACCUUCAUCCAGGCGUUAUUCACCAUGGCAGCAGCGGUGGCGGUGUGGCAGAGCGGAUCUAUCAGCGUGGCGACGGAUCGUUUCAACCCAGCGUGGACAGAUGCGCUUACGUUCGUCGCCGUCGGCUUCAUGAGCGCGAGCGUCGGGCUGCAGGGUAUCAUGGGCAAGCGCAUCAACACGCAAUUUUCAACCACUGUCGUAUUUACGACGGUGUGGUGCGAGCUUAUGGCGGACCCGAAGCUGUUCCAGCUCAAUCACUGGGUCAUCUCUCGCGAUCACAAGAUUAUUGGCAUCAUCUUCCUAUUCGUUGGCGGUUUCGUCGGCCGUGCACUCAUCGACGCUAUUGGCUCGGCAUCAGCUUUAGGCAUUGGCUGCGGCAUCAGGAUCAUCAUCGCCAUAUGGUGGCUCUUCAUACCAGCGAAAGUCAGUGCCCCGAAAGCGAAGAAGCCAGAGACAGCAUGAUAUCCAAGCUGCGUUGGAUGGCGAUGUACGUGCAUGGGCCCCGCCACGAGCUGGGGGCGCGCCGAGUCGAGGAACCGGCGUCGUGGAGAGUGUGGAGGAUACAUUUUAGAUCUGUUCAUAAUCACGAUUCCCUUAGAGCGGCAGUGUUGCCUACGAUUGCGAACGCGUUGCAUGAUAAUGUUGUCGUGAACGCCCUUGUCCUGUCUUUACGGAGGUCCGAUGAUCUUGUGGAUUCGGUAGUUCAUAAUUUGCAUUUUCUACGUUUGCUUUUUGCUUUGAUUCCUCUGGCACAAUAGAAAGUAGCAUUAUCAUUAUGACCUCAAAUGAUACUGUGAUACAUAAUAAUCCAAUAGCUCAGCGUGUGCAAUAUAGGAGGAUGC